CAUCAACAACAGGAGUUGACUGAAGCUCUGCUGAAGUACGGAGAUUAUAACGUCAUAGUUGUGGACUGGUCGACUGGGGCUCAGCCUCCACUCUUACAGGCUGUGGCUAACGCAAGAUUAGUGGGGCUACAAGUAGCUUACCUGCUCCACACCCUGAGCCACACUAUCAACUUACAACCACAACAAGUUCAUCUUAUCGGGUACUCCCUAGGUGCCCAUGUGGCAGGUUACACUGGAGAAAGGGUAGCAGACACUGGUCGCAUCACAGGCUUGGCACCAUCAGCACUCUACUUCGAGGGAAUGUCACCAGUAGUGCGCCUUGACGAGUCCGAUGCUGCCUUUGUUGAUGUUGUUCACACUGCUACUGAUGGACCUGGGUUCUCCGAGCGUUGUGGUACUGUGGAUUUCUAUCCUAAUGGAGGAGGGAAGCAGCCAGGGUGUGGAACCAAAAUGGACGAUAAUAGUGACAUAGAGAGAAGAGACACUGCUAAGUCACUGUUCCGUCAGUCUUGCAACAUGAUGAUGUCACUGCAACUCUUUAUCACCUCCCUAACAUGUCCACAUUGCUUCCUCGGACAUGAGUGUACUGAUGAAUACUUGUAUGCAUACGGAAUGUGUUACUUGUGUGGUGAACCUAACGUUCACUGUGUUUACCUGGGCAUCCUAGCUGAUGACUUCCUCUCUCAGCACCGAGAUAGAGUACCAUUCUUCCUCAGUACUGCUGCUGCUGCUCCUUACCGAGUAUAUAUGUACCGAGUGUGGCUGAACUUGGCCCAUCCUGAGGAAGCUGAGGACUGUCUGGAGGGAGAACUGACACUCACCAUGAAGGGUGCCAACAACAUUACCAUCACCACCAUCCUCCCUGGGUCUCCGGUACGACUGAGCCACGGACAGCCUCGAGGAUGGGUACUAGGACUGAAGGAGGACCUGGGGGCAGUAGAGAUGCUGAUAGUAAAGUGGACUCACCAAGCUAGUAUCUUCAAUAAUUGUGGACAUAAAGACUGCAACACCAACCUCUACAUCCAGACCAUCAAGGUCACUCCUAUAGACUACCUUCCUCAAAGUGAGCAAGUGAGAGAGACGCGACUGUUGUGCGGAGGCUUGUACAACACUGCCGUCCCUUCAGGAGGACAAGCCAUUCUUGUUCCCCAGGAUAGCUGUCAGGAAUGGUCCGUCUAGCAACACCUGCUAGCAAUAGUCCGUCUAGCAACACCUGCUAGCAAUAGUCCGUUUAGCAACACCUGCUAGCAAUGGUCCGUCUAGCAACACCUGCUAGCAAUGGUCCGUCUGCAACACUGCUAGCAA